AUGAAGAGUUUGGAGGCACUAAAGGCAAGACAAAAUCAUACUGACAUACUUUUACUUAAAUUGAUGCGUUAUCCUCCCAAAACUGAUGAUUGGUCUAAGCUUCAAAAAAGUACAUCUUGCAAACUAUCAUUGAAGGCUUAUGGAACUUCUAGAAAGACUUUGAGAAGAUCAAGAGUUCCUGCUGAUGUGGAGCAAGAAGCUGAUUAUGAAACUGAUGAUGAAGACUUGUUGUAUGAGAACAGUUCAGAGGAUGAGGACUAUGUUCCCAAGUUUGACAAUGAAGAUUAUGAUGAAUAUGGUUUGGAUGAUGAUUGGUUAGGUGACAUGGAUGUUGAGUUUAAUGAACUUGGUCAGUGGAUAGGAGGAGCCGGUCCGAGAAGGUCCACUUCUGCAGAUGUUGAGAAUGAGGCAGAUGUAAAUGGUGAUGACAAUGAAGCACUGCAUGGAGCACUUGACUCUGAUGAGGAGUGUAUUGGGAAUGAAGUAGGGUCUGAUGGGGAAGUAGAUGGAGAUCGGUUCCCUGAGUUCAACCCCAAAACUGAUAUGCAUAACCCUCAAUUCUGCCUAGGUAUGAAGUUUGCAACCCCAAAGAUAUUAAGAGCUGCAGUAAGAGAAAUAGCAAUUCAAAAAGGGUGGGAAGCUUUGUUUGUUAAGAGUGACAGUGAUAGGAUAAAUGUGAUAUGCAAAGCAGAAAAUUGUCCCUUUUUGCUUUACGCAUCGACGAUGCAACAUGCAAACACUUUGCAAAUCAAGACCUAUAAUCCUACACACACUUGUGCUAGAGUUAAUGAAAACCGCAUGAUUAGGGUACCAUACUUGACUGAGAAGUAUGCUGAGCAGAUUAAGCUCAACCCCGAUUGGUCAACAGAGUCACUUGCACAAGCCAUGUCAGCUGGUGUGAAGGCAAGAGUAUCAAACGUGCAGGCUUACAGAGCAAAAAAGGCAGCCUUGGCCCGUUUAGAAGCUGACAUCAAGGAGCAAUAUGCAAGGAUAAGGGACUAUGGGGAUGAGCUUAGAAGAGCAGAUCCAAAUACCACCAUUGACAUCAAGUGUGACUUCAAUGAAGGCCAAUUACCUGUGUUCAAGAGGAUGUAUAUCUGUUUAGGAGCACUUAAGAUGGGAUUUAGAGCUGGAUGCAGGUCCAUACUUGGCCUCGAUGGGUGCCAUUUGAAGAGCUGCUAUGGAGGUCAGCUACUUACAGCUGUGGGGUUGGAUGCAAAUAACACAACCUGGGUGUUGGCCUAUGCUAUGGUAGAGUUGGAGAAUACUGACAUCUGGACUUGGUUUUUGGACCUGUUAGCUAAGGAUCUGAACAUAAGGGAUGAAGGAGCUGGUUGGACUUUCAUUAGUGAUAAACAGAAGGGGUUGUUACCUGCUUUUGAGGAAGUUAUGCCACUUGCAGACCUGAGAUUUUGUGUUAGACACUUGUGGACGAACUUCAACAAAUUAUUUCCUGGCAAGGUGAUGAAGGAUCAGCUUUGGGCAUGUGCCAAGGCCACCACCGAGAAUUAUUUCAUCAAGGAAAUGGUCUUGAUGAACCAAUUGGAUCCUUCAGCAUAG